ACCAGGUUGAAGAGUUUAUUCAGAGAAUAAUUUACAGCAGGAAAGUAAGUAUACAAUGGAAUAAAUGCAGAUGGCAGUGUCAGCAUCUGGGGGAAUUUUGAACCAACUCCUUUAUAUCCCAUUAACUGAUUUUUAAAUUUUAUUUUAGUAAUUUUGUGGAAAACAAGAAGGGGGGGAAGCUGGUUUUGAGAUGAACAUGUGCAUUAGAAUAAUCCCAGGUUAGGAAUAAUUUAAGAAGAUAAUCAGACCCAGAAGGUGACUCUGAGAAUGUUUCCGAUUCCAGCAAACAUCAUCACGGUCCACACCUUGGAUAUUCUCAGGGUUGAACCGAUUCUGAAGUCUUUACGACCCUCUUGAUUGUAGUCAGCUACUGUAGAGUUUGGGAAUCACAAUCUAUGCGCUCCUUCUUUGAAUAGUGCUACACGCACUUAAACACGAGUGCAGGUAAGCCCGCUCUCUCUAUAAAGAAAUCUGGGGGAAACCCCCCCCCCGAAAUUUAGUCGAGCUAUAAACGGACCACCUCAUUUCUCUGGAAAAAGAAAAAGAAGGGAGGUUCUUGCAAUUGAUACUGCAAUGCAACAUAGUUGUGUGGGUAUACGUUUAGCUUUUAAAUAAAUGAAAUCCUCUCUGCCACUUUCAAUGACUCCGAUCAGGCUGAAGAUAUCAGCCCCUUAUGCUGGCGGAAGGUGUGGUUUUAUUUCCUUAUUUAUAUGGAAAAAGUGAAAGCCGAGCGGGAAAUGCAGAUCCCCAAUUCGAUGCAGACCACCGCUCAAGUUGCAGCCAAGAUCUCGUACUUCAAACUUCAACCUUCCGUUCCGAAGCUCCUUCUGCGUUACAUUGGGACUAAAAGCAAAUGCAAGUGCAACGGGAGCGAUAGAAAGUAUGGGCGCGUUCAUUUUUACCUCCCUGCAACUUUGCAUUGUCGCCUCCCGGAGGAAGAGACGGAAGCACCCUUGGCGCCCAGGUGCAAUCCAAGCCUUCCCUGUUUCCUAUGGGCAAUUCUCUCUCUCUUGGGCAACAUUAAACAUGGCGUCCAAAAUCACCCCGGAAGUGGGGCACUGUGGGUGGAUCUACACGCCAGAAGUUAAUACACGCCAGAAGUCCGUGGCUCCGCUCGCGUUGCUUUCAUCCCCAGCGGGGAAACACUUGAGCUGCGCCGAGCGCGCGCGGACCUUUUCGCUCGCGCUCCGCUUCCCCGGCCAGACGCUUGCUGAUAGCGCCCGACGGCGCGCGCCCCUGAACCGCGAACGAAGCGCGCGCCCUUCUCUUUUAGCCGCCCGCUUCUUUCGGCGCUCAGGCCUUAAUUGGGGGGGGGGGGAAGGAGACACCAACAUGGCGCUCGUGCCCGGGCAGGUGCUGCGGGUCGCCAUCCUCCUUUCCUAUUUUUCCAUCCUCUGCAAUUACAAGGCCAUUGACAUGCCAGCGCACCAGACCUAUGGAGGCAGCUGGAAAUUUCUGACCUUCAUUAACCUGGUUGUUCAAGCAGUCUUUUUUGGGAUCUGUGUACUGACUGACCUUUCCAGCCUUCUGACUAAAGGAAAUGACAGCCAAGAACAAGAAAGGCAACUAAGAAAACUCAUCUCCCUCCGUGAUUGGAUGAUGGCUGUCUUAGCUUUUCCCAUUGGGGUUUUUGUUGUGCUAAUGUUUUGGAGCAUCUAUAUCUAUGACAGAGAACUUGUUUACCCCAAGCUUCUUGAUAAUUUUAUACCAACUUGGCUGAAUCAUGGAAUGCAUACAACUGUUUUACCCUUUAUAUUAAUUGAGAUGAGAACGACCCAUCAUGAAUAUCCCAGCAGGACCUACGGACUGAUUGCUGUGUGCACUAUUUCAGUUUGCUACAUAUUAUGGGUCUGUUGGAUAUAUCAUGUGACUGGGGUUUGGGUAUAUCCUCUCCUGGAUUACCUUGGUUCAACGGCUAAAAUUGUCUUCUUUGCCACUGUAACUGUAGUAAUAAAUAUCUUUUACUUGCUGGGUGAAAUAUUAAACAACUGCAUAUGGGAUACACAAAAAUGUAUAGAAGAAGGAAAAGGAAAACAUAAAUCAGACUGAACACAGGAUAAAAGAAGAAAAUAGAAGACCAGCUGUUAUAUGAACGGCAUCUCAUAACAUCAAAAGAAAUUUCAAAGAGGCAUUUAUAUUAACAGUGCAUUCAAAAUACUUUGUUUUUUAAAACGAGAUGUUGAUUUUAUAAUCUUCUUGAUACCUUUGCUACAAUAUUGGAGGAAUUGGGAUAUGGGUAUACCUCAUGUGCUGAAUAUGACAUUAUUUAUACAGAGAGUGUGUGUGUGUGUUCGUGUGUAUGUGUGUCUUUCCGGCAACUGCAUUAAGAAUAAAUUAAUAUCUACUCUCAUCGAUUGUAGGGCCAGCAGUCAGGAAUGGGUUAACUCUUGUCUGAUAUCCGAGGACUGAGUCUGCAAGUUUUUAAGCUCCUCCUCUUCCUCUUGCUUCCCAGCUUUCAGACUCAGUCUGAUUUGGACAGACAUAUUUGGCUGAUUUGCCCAAUUUUUGACUUUUAGAGUGACAGUUGCUCCCAUUUCUACCUUGGUUGAACUUGCCAGCGUGAAGGGACUUUGAAACAUUAGAAAAGUCAAACUUGAAUCAUUUGGGUUAAAUCAUAAAGCUGCAUCUGUGAAAGGAUGGAUAAGCCCCUUUGAAUAAAUUCAGGACUUUUGAUUACGAAUAAAAGAGGUCUGAGUUGCUGCCAAUACAUCUGGAUACAGUGGUGUGUACCUAAAGCAUAGGGCAUUCAGGUUUGGGGUUGUCUGUGAAAGAUUUAUGAAAAAAUACCAAUGAAAGAUUUCCCUGAGAGUUAUAAAACAAAAAGGGAACAUCCUUCAUUUUUUAGAACCUCUUUUUAAAUAAUUCAUUGAGGAAUAAUACAACUUCUUCAAGACAAGGAGUUGGUUUAAUUCAUGAUACCAAUCAUUAUAUCGUCUGAAAAAGCCGCUUGUAAUUGAAACACAUGUAUAUUAUUUCUUGCAUAUUUAUAAAGAAUGGAGAUGCAUCUAAUGGGAACAACUGAAUUAGUACUGGUUCUGGUGCCCAAAUGAUUCAGAAUGACAGAGGGAGCAUUGAGCAUGGCAGUGUGAGAAGUGAACAGUACAGUACAAAAAUUUUGGGAGGCCUGCUUUAAGAUCCCAGGAGAAAAACAGGCAACUUUUGUAGUUUUGUACACUAGAGAAUCAGUUGAAAUGUUCGAAUCGUGCUAGAAGUAUUGUUCUUGAAAUGGACUGCUCUGUCUGUUGAUUCAAAUUAGUAUUAAUAACUUCACAAUUGUAAAAACAGGCCACUCCCAACAUACAGGCAGCACGUGUGUGUGUAUAUAACGUUUGAAUGUAACAUUUGAAAGUACAGGUAGUCCUCAACUUAACAACAGUUCACAUAGUGAUGUUCAAAGUUUCAACGGCACUGAAAAAAGUGACUUACGACCAUUUUUCACACUUACGACUGUUGCGGCAUCCUGGUCACAUGAUCAAAAUUCAGACGCUUGCAACUGGCUCAUAUUUAUGAUGGUUGCAGUGUCCCAAGGUCAUGCAAUCCCCGUUUGUGACCUUCUGACAAGCAAAGUCAAUGGGAAGGCCAGAUUCACUCAACAACCUUGUUACUAACUUUAACUGCAGCGAUUCACUUAACAACUGUGGCAAGAAAGGUCAUAAAAUGGGGCAAAAUUCACUUAACAACUGUCCCUUAGCAAUAGAAAUUUUGGGCACGAUUGUGGUCGUAAGUUAUAGACUACCAGUAUAUGUGUUUUACUUGCCAAGGAAAUUUUGUGGAAUAUUCUGAUGAGACCAAUACAAUUCAGUGUGGCAAUAGUGAGGAAAGUGGUGGCAAUUCUGAUAAACAAUCGCAUUUGCCAACAGAACUUCCUAUUACAAUAUAAUGAUUUUUCAUCUAAGGGUAUCCUCUGAAAAGAUUCUAGUAAAUCAUUGGUAUGAUUCUCCUAGGCCGUUUGAACUAGAAAAAUAUUAGCAACAAUAGAUCUAAACAAAAUUCAUGGUGGACUAGAAAAGAACUAAUAAAAGUACUGAAACAUAACAUCCUGAAAUAAAAGGAAAUAGUCAGAAAGGGCAACUUUGAAAUACAUGUUUUUAAAGACAAAAAUGAAGGAAGAAGCAGGUAACACUCAACAAGAUGGGAAGAGCAUCUUGUGUACCAAAAAUGACGGAUUGGUACAGUUAAUGGAAAAGCUUUAAAAUGAGGAGUAACCAAAUAUAUACCAUAAUACAGUUUUUCCCAUAUAACUGAGGAAUUUAUGAUGUAAUCGUAUUUAUGUCUGUGAGAGAUCGGAAUGCUGUAAUGGAGCUUGUUCCUUGGUAAGUGGCUUAUGACUGCAUUUACUAUUUGCAACAACGGCUAAAAGAACUCAGUUGAAUCACAUAUUGUUUAUCAGGAAAUAUUUAUAGAUGUUGUAAAUUUAAGCACUUCACUGGUACAAUGUAAAUUAAGGUUUCGUGAUCAACAAUGUAAAUUUAACUUGAUAAAAAAUAAAUGCCUGCAGUUUUGUUAAUAGUACUCAAGCAUGUUCAUAUGGUAAGGCUUACGUAACUCAUUUUUUUGCUGCUGGGACUUUAAGUCUGUAUUUCUCAUUCUCAUUGUUUUAUUCAUUAACUUAAUUGUGUCUUCUGAGUUCUUGUAGCAACAUCGCUCCUUCCUUCCUACUUCUUAUACAAAGGAAAUGACUGAUGCCUAGAAACUACAGUGUGAAUUCUUAUUACUGGCCUCAAGUCUCAUGUUUAUUUUGCUGAUAAGGAUCAUGUGAGGAUAGGCCCUUAGUAUGCCACAGCUGAUCAAAGGAUGUACAAAUAGCCGGUUACAAAUAUCACCAUCUGAUAAGUGUGAGGGGUGGCCACCAGUGCCCCCCCUUCAAUGAAAAAACAGAUUACAGCUAUAAUCUCGGUAAAUUUAAUAGCAAAUUACUUGGGAACAUUUUAAGUAUUAAGAUUACAAAAAAGCUGGUACAAAGUAAAGAAUUAUGAAUGAACUGGAUAUAAAUUUCAAUAGAUCUAUUUUUGUUUAUAAACUGGACCUUUUUCUGAUUUUAAAAACUGGUUCAAAAUAGCUUAUUUUCUAUGUUAAGGGGGAAAAUAUUGGAUUUUGGUAGCAAAACAAUGUUCUCUGGUUUACAGAGAUGCUUAUUAUGCUUUCUUACAAAAUCUCUCAAAAUCAGUCCAGAUAAAGUCUAUAAUUGUAGGGUCUUCUUCUAAAGAUUUGUAUAAAAAUUUAUAAUGAUUUGGUCUGUCAAGCAUGCUAAAGUAAUACAGGUUUAUAUUUAGUACCACUCUCCAUGAACAGCAGCUUUCCUGUCAACAAAAAAGCGGCAGGAACAAAAUCUGGAUCAAAAACAUAUUCUUUUGCUGAGCUUUUCCAAGCUAAGACUAACCUUUGUACUUGUCAUGUUUAGUCUGUGAAUAAUUGGCCAAGAUUGAAAUGGUUAAUACAGAUAUGUGCAAAUGUAUCUUCUUUGUGAAUUUCAGUUCAAUGUGACAGAUUUUUUAAAAUUCUGUUUAGAUACCAUUUUAAAUAGAAAUCAUGUCAUUACACAUAUUUUUAAAACACAGUUUAUUAAAAUGUUAAACCUUUAUCACAUGGAUAAUAUUGCCCAAUCUUUCCAUUGCACAGUCCAUAAAAAGAGAAUGAACACAAGUCAAAGAUUUUAUGUUAAAGGUAACACUGACCUUCCAUCAUAAUAAAAUAAUCUUUGCUAUA